UUGGACAGCGGAAACACACGAGCAAUAACGACAACAAGCGAAUGUGCCAUGUGACUCGGGGUAAAUAAGGAAAGAAAACAGCUGACGUUUGAUGUAAAUAAACACAGAAAGGAACCAUUUUUUCGAUUUCUUUCUCCCCUUCUUCUGUUGCAUAAUGUCUCAGAAAGCUUCACCUCAAAAGACAAUGACAGGAAGGGAAAUACCAAAUCGUAGGAUUGCAGAUAUUUCGAAUUUGCCAGCGGAUUACUCGACGACCCCUGGUGGAUCUAUCUUUUCUACAACGCCAGGAGGUACUAGAAUAUUUUAUGAAAGGUCAUUCCUGAUGAAAUGUAGAGAAUCUCCUUUGGCAAAAACACCUCCAGCAAAUAUGGCAAAUAUUCCAGGAGUAACCUCCCCUGGCAAUGUUGAUGCAAAAGAGAAUGGUGUUCAAGAUCCAAAGCCUACAAUAGUUGAGAAGGUCAGUGAAGAAAAUCCACAAUUUGAAAUGGACAUUUAGAAAACCCAGCUUGCCUUACAGCGUGUUUAUAGUAACAUUAUUAAUCUUCAGGUACAGAGCUGGAGUAACUAUUUCCUUAGAGAUUACUGACUGAACAUGUAUGAACAUCAGCAGCUUGACUACACUAAGUACCGGAUGAUCUGUCUUGUUUACUAUGUUACUCUAAAGGAUUUACUUUAAUCUUCAUACAGUUGCUCCUCCUCAUCAUCAACAUAUACAUGACAAUGGUUAUUAACUUGGGUUCCUAUAUACAAGAAUGAUUGAUUCCCACAUUUAGAAUCACAUUUAUAGAAAUUGUUGACUAUUAACAAUAUGUCAUUAAUCAAGGAUUUUACUUCAGAUUUAAGAUAAGUCUUUCCUUAUCAAACAUAUUACAAAGGUUAGGGGUUCAUUUCUCUGGCACCUUAUUUCAAAAAUUCUCUGUCAUUGAAUUUUGAAAUUCAUUUAAAGAGUAUUUUUACCAAGUCUUUUUAAUUCCUUCAGGGGUUUACUUCAAAAUGCUUUCAUUAUAUAUUGGAAAAAAGCACAUAUAUUUUGAUAUCAAAAUUGAUGUGCAUGAGAUUGUAUUUUUACAUGUAUAUUAUUGU